AUGUCACUGGCUGUGGAUGAAACGGCGGGAGACGUCCCAGUGAGGGACGUGGGACUACGCCUGCAGCAAGAUGCAGGUAGAGAUGUGAUGCCUUGGCGGAGGUCCCAGGUUCUGAAGAUCAGAGAGCGUGGGCGGGUUUUCCGCGUGUCCAGGGAGCAGUUAGAGGAGAACUGUCUCCGUCUGCAAGAGGAGAACACCCUGCUGAGGCACCACUGCCGAGCCCAGGACCAGCGCAUCCGCAGGAUGUCCACCACGUUGCUGCGGCUGAGGGAGGGGCGGGGCGGAGGCUCUGGGCUGCGGGAGGCGGAGCUGGAGGAGGCGGUGCAGGAGCUGGAGGGGCGUGUCUCUUCCCUGGAGGGCCAGAAGAGGGCGCUGCAGAACAAGCUGAGCGUGGCCCGGCAGCACAUCCUGGAGCUGGGAAGCAGAGGGGCCACCCUGCCCUACAGAGCCCGGGGGAGGGGCCAAGAUGGAGAGGGCGGAGUCAGACGGGCGGCGCAGACAGCUCCUCCCCGAUAUGGACUGGGCUCCCUACAGAACAGCAGAGAGGAGCCAGAGAGAUACAGGUGCAGUGUGAUGGAGGCGCAGCAGGAGAGAGUGGCAGAGCUGGAGUCCGCCAUUCAGGCCCUGAGAGACUCUCUCAGAGAGAAGGAGCGAGAGAAGGAGAGAGAGAAGGAGAGAGAGAUGGAGAGAGAGAAGGAGGACAGCAUGAGAGAGCUGAGGAAAGAGCAGGCAGAUGGACACAGGGUGCUGAUCAGAGAGAACGUGGACAUCAUGCGCCUGCAGAAACAGCUGUCAGAGAAAAGCACCGCCCUACGGCUCACUCAGGAGAAGCUCUCUGCCCUGCAGGAGGUUUAUGAGGCUCAGCUGGAGGAGAGCCACAGGCCUCUGAAGGAGAGUCAGGGGGCCUUGCUGGGGAAGGUAGAGGAGCUGACUGAGCAGCUGAAACAAGAGAGGCAGAGAGCUCUGUGCCUGGAAGGACAGCUCACUACCGCCACCUUCUCAACGCAAGCAUGGGAGGAGCUGCAUGAGCGCUUGAGUGAUGUUGUAGGAGAGAGGGAUCUGCUGAAGGAGAGUUAUAACAAACUGCUGGAGAACACACUGCACACACACACACACACACACACCCCGCAGAAGCAGCCAGACAGCAGAGACAGGGAGAGGGAGAACUGGGCGGAGCUGAGCUGGAGGGCGGAGCAACAGCGGCUGGAAGAGAGGCUGAAGGCGGAGCUUGAUGAGAGAGAGAGGUUAGAGGACGAGAAGGAAAGGAUGAAACAGGAGAAGAAGAGAACUGAGGAGCAGAUGGAGCGAGAAAGAGAGACUACAGCGUCACUGAGGGAGAAACACCAUUCCCUUCAGCAGGAAGUUCUACAGUGCAGAGAGGAAGUGACAUCACUGCAAGAGAGACUGGACUCAGUUACAAAGGAGUUUGACAUGAGUGUGGAGGAUCUCAGUGAAACCCUUCUUCAGAUCAAGGCAUUCAGGCUCCAGAGGGACGGAGAGGACACGCUGCGAGCCCUAGGGCCUGAUGGGAAGCUGGAGGACUGUUCUAGAGAGCUGACCAGCCUGCAGGCGUCACACGCAGAGACCGUGCUGGAGCUUCAGAAGAGCAGAGACAUGCUCCUGCUGCAACACCGCAUCAACACCCACCUGCAGGGGGAGUUAAAGGCUGUGACGGACAGAUCAGAAGCAGAGAGGACGGAGAGCAGGAAGCAAUUGGGAGAGAAAGACAGACUGCUGGAGAGAAGAGCCCAGAGAAUAACUACCCUACAAGCGCAGCUGGAGGAACUGGCCUACAGCCCCAGAAACUACAGACGGGCCAUCCCACUUCAGUGCACGUGGUCUGGGGGGGACAGAGAGGUUGCUGAACAAGUGGAGGAUGAUACCAUCUUCUCCCAGUUGCGGGGGGGGGAGUCGUUGCUUGAGAUCCACCUCAGAGGGGCUGCCUUCACCCCUGCAGGGCUCAGGACGCUGGGAGGGGGCCAGGACGGAGCCCGGGGUGAGGUCAGAGGUCAGGAGGUUGUGACCUUCUGCACUUACUCUCUGCUGGACUUUGAGACGCACUCCACCCCUCUGGUUUCGGGAGCCCAGCCGAAUUACGGCUUCACGUCGCGCUACGCCCUGUCAGUGCGGGACCUGGGGCCGGUCCGGGCGGGGGGGGGCAGGGUCAGGGUGGAGCUGCACCAAGCGCUGGGGGGGGUGCAGUUUGAGACCAGGGGCCAAGCCUGGAUCCUCCUGUCUGGGGCAGCACAGAGAACUGAGGAGCGAUUGAGUGGGACCACCAACAUCACAGGGGCAGAAGGGCAGAUUUUGGGGGUGCUGGAGUUCUGGGUGCGCCUGUACCCCCCCACUGAGCUGAGCGACGCACCCCCCCCCUCCCCCCACACGCCACACACUGAGGAGCUGUUUGACUACGGCGGAGGGAUACCUAAUGAACUGGAGGUGCUGUUGGACCGCUGCAUGGGCCUCAGCACACAUUGGCCGGGACUAUUUCCAGACGCCUACCUGCUGUACCGCCUGUACGACCUGCCCCCCCACACCACCUCCACAAUGUCCUGCAGCGCCGACCCGGUGUUUGGGGACGUGGUGUCGUACCCCCUGGCCCUGACCGCUGACCUGCUGGCCUACCUGCAGGGGGGCAGUCUGUGGGUGUACGCUUUCAACGACAGAGAUCGUCAACCCACUGGCUCGUACCUGGCCAAAACCCCCAUCCCCUUGCACAACCUGGCCAUGGGACGCCCCGUCAGAGGUGACUAUGUGCUGAGAGACGCGGGUGGCUGCUCCCGGGGCAUAGUCAGAGUUUCUCUGCGAUGGAGACACCGCUUCCAGCCACCGGGGGCGCUGCAGAUCACAGAAUCACCACAGAGGCCAAUCACUCAGCCCAGGGCCACACCCCUCCAAUCCCCUUCACGGAAAACAGCCACGCCCAUCAGGUCACCUGCUCCUAAAACAGCCACGCCCAUCAGGUCACCUGCUCCUAAAACAGCCACGCCCAUCGGGUCACCUGUCCGAAAGGCACCCCGCUCCCCAUUAGCAGCACCUGCACUGGGCCUCCCUACAGCAAAGCCCCCGAUACAGGACUGCCUGGAGGAGGAGGAAGAGGAGGAAGAGGAGAGGAAAGAGAAAGCUCUUUCAGACAGCGAGGUCACUGAAUCCAGCCAAUCACCAGCUUCCUCUGGCAGUGAUGUCAUCAUCAUACCAGAUCCACCAAGGGCUGUUACCAAGGGGAAUAAACUGAGAGUGGACAUACUCUCCCUGUCAUUUGACCCCGCCUCUCACAUUGCACUCGACCCCUCAGUGCAGCGUGUCUAUGUGGAGUACCGCCUCCUGGGCAUUCCCAUGGAAACCACAGAGACUCCCAUAUCACUACGGAAACCAAGUGGAGGAGAAGAGAUACAUUUCAACUUCAUAAGAGUGAUCCAUGUGGCCGGGGUGGAUGCUGGCCCUCUCAGGCAGUACCUGUACACCAUGCUGGAGGGCACAGACCCCAACCAGGGCAGGUUAAAGUUCACAGUUGUGAGCGACCCAAUGGAAGAUGAGGAAGAGGAAUGUGUGGACAUUGGUCACGCCUACCUGGAUUUAAAGGAAGUACUGCUGACGGGAAGUGAUGUCACAGAGCGCCAAUUAGACAUCGUGGGCGUGGGCGAGGAAGAGGAUAGGGUGGGGAGGCUGAAGGUCUCCCUAGAAGCUGCUUGCGCUCUGGAGGAGAUCUACUGGGAGCAGCGCCGCCUCCGAGAGAGAGAGCAGGAGGAGCAGGAGGAAGAGGAGGAAGAGGAGCAGGAGGAAGAGGAGCAGGAGGAAGAGAAGCAGGAGAAGGAGUAGGGGCAGGAGUAGGAGUAGGAGCAGGAAUAGGAGUAUGAGUAGGGCAGGAGCAGGAGCAGGAGCAGGAGCAGGAGUAGGAGUAGGGAAGGAGCAGGAGCAGGAAUAGGAGUAGGAGUAGGAGCAGGAGCAGGAGCAGGAGCAGGAGUAGGGAAGGAGUAGGAGCAGGAGCAGGAGCAGGAGUAGGGCAGGAGCAGGAGUAGGAGCAGGAGUAGGGCAGGAGCAGGAGCAGGAGUAGGAGUAGGGAAGGAACAGGAGUAGGAAUAGGAGGAGUAGGAGCAGGAGCAGAAGUAGGGCAGGAGCAGGAGCAGGAGCAGGAGCAGGAAUAGGAGUAGGAGU